CAGACCAGUCAGUCAGUUAAAAUAUUUUGAUUGUGGUGUUGAAGCGUGAUUAAUUUUGAUUUUAUUGCAGUGUCGUGAGAUUAAAGUACUUUAACCGACCUUGCUUUCUCCAGUGCAAAAAUUUCGACACUACACAUGUACCUAGCUAAUAAUAUAACUUCCUCUUUAAAUGGUUACAUAAACAAAUAUUUUGCUAUAUCGAAACUUUUCUAACGUUUUCAUCGAAGACUACAAAUUAUUGUUAUCAACUACAUAAUCAUUUAUUUGUUUGUGAUAGAUAAUGCUAUGGGCGUAUCGUUACUAAAUAAUCAUGUCGGUGUUUGAUGGAUUAGUGACUUUCUGCCUCAGUUCGACGGAUUUAUAGUGGUAAGACUGAUUGACAUCCACCCUUCGAACAAUGGGUGAGAUGAUGAUGAUGAACAUGUGGUUCUGGAGCGGGUACAACAUGGGGGACCUCCUGUUCAAGGGGCUGAAGGUGGACAAGCAGUGGACCUUCGCCGUCACGUGGAUUGUGCUGUUUCUGGCUGCCUUUGCAUUUGAGGCUUCUAAGGUGUUUCUGGCUAAAAUUCAACGGCAGGCUCAGACAAAGCUGUAUCCACAUCGAAGAUCUGACGAAAGAAGAACUUUACUUCAUGAAAGGGAACAAGGCAUGGAGCCGACCACGAGUCGCAACAGCGAGCCGCGGCCGCCCGCGCGGUGGACCUCGAUGCGAGUCAGGGUGCUGAUGGUGGGCUCUCAGUCGCUGCUGUUCGUGCUGCACAACGUGGCCGGCUACCUGCUCAUGCUGGUCGUGAUGCUGUACAAUGUGUACCUGCUUCUGGCCGUGGUGUUGGGCAUGAUGAUGGGCUACUUCUUCUUCGGGACACAACUCACGAUACUGCAAAUGAAAUGCUUUGGUACUAAGAAGCUGGUUAUCUGCACCCCGGAAUGUGAUGAUACAGCGGCCAGCUCGACCCCGCCUCUCCUAGACCACUCGUCAUCAGAAUCCGACGUGUUCAUCUGUCAGACGCGCGCGUGCGCACAACCCUCACACUACUUUCCCGCCAACUCACAAGAUAGCGGCACUUCCUCCUGCCAUUAUGGCGCGAAGCAAUGCCCGUCGAAAGUUGCCAGAGCGAAAAAAGCUUAUUUGCAAAGCCAAUGCGGGAAUGGAGAGAGUGAGAAAGAAGAUAGUCCGGGCGUUGAAAAUGCUCAACUGCUGAGGACUGAGCGUCAGGGUUGCUGCAAGAAAAAACAGGAGCCGCCGCCUGAUUCUUGCUGCUCCAAGAAUGUUUCGAGUCAACCAGAGCCUGAAAACGGUUGCUGUAAAAAGAAAACGGUGGAAGAAGAAUCGGUGGAGGAACGACCCAAACUGACGAGAGAAGAAAGUCCUCAAAUCACGUGUUGCCAUAACGCUAAAUCUGUCACGACUGAAAGCCAAGAGCAGAUUGUAGAGAAAUAGAAAGUUAGUUUUGACUCUCUAGUGUAAGAUUUUGUUAUUGUUGACAAUAGUAUACCUUUGACUAUAUGGUAUAGAUAGUGGUGCUUUACAAAUGUUUUGCAUAGUAAGUACCUAUUCGUUACACAUAUCAAUUAAUAACUAAAAAGUCAUGUUUUUAAUUAUUUAAAUAGUUCAAGCUUAGUAUUAUAUUUUUACUCAAAGGAUGAAUGUAUUUGUUAAUAUUAUAAACAGAGUUUUUGUUGUAUAUUUUUAUACGAAUGUUUGCUGGAUAUGGAUAAAAUGUAGCGAUUAGUUGGCACAAAAUAUAUUUUUCUUUGUUUUAUUUUAAAUAUUGCUAGAUAAUUAUUAAUGUAAAAAGUGCCUUUAAAUAUCCAGUGUACCUAACUGUGCCAAAUAUUUUGUACCUACUGAUAAGGUUCCUAAGUAACUAAAAUUGUUGACAUGUUAGAUUUACAGGAUAUUAAAGAAAUAUUAUUUUAGUAAUAA